UGAAGGUUCCAGAUUAUUUAUUGUUGACGUUUUUUGUCUUGUUUCAUUUUGCACCAUAGAAUCACUGACAUUUCAAUACAAUGUAACGCUACUGUAGGAAAGAGAGAAAUUUUGACACUAAAACAUCACAAUACACAAAGAAAUUAGCAGAGAAGACACAAGAGAUGCAGUCAAGCGAAACUGAUUACAAUUUUGACAAUAACAACACCAUUGACAUGGAUUUUUGUGCUAAUAUGGAAAUACAAACUAAGAAGAGAAAAUUUGAAAUGACAACAGAAAAUGUGACAUCAUCUAUCAUGUCAGGAAGACAGUUUGUUUUACUUCCAAGGAACAGUAGUACCUAUGUCACAACUGAUUGGAAACUGACGGGAACCUCAUUAUUCCUACCAUUGAAAGGGGACACAUUUGUGAAUUUACAGAAAUAUGAACAAAUAACAGUUGCUGAUGGAAGCUACUUCAUUGCAGAUGAUGCAGGAAAUUACUCAAGAUCUGUUACAGGUAAAGUUUUACACCUAUGGAAGUACUGCAUGUCAGAGAAAGACUACUUUGUUGCAGAAUCUUUCUUGUUUACAAGUCCUCAGGAUUUUUCAGUAGUUAUCAAUCAUCUGUAUACAAGUUGAAAUGUUAGAGCAUACCUGUGGCAGCUUUAAGUUAGAGCAUACCUGUGGCAGCUUUAAGUUAGAGCAUACCUGUGGCAGCUUUAAAUGUGCAGUUGUGUGUUCAUCCUUGAGAAUAAAAUGUGCUUACUGAAGAUGUAAAGAGAUGUUCUGUGACUGUAAAUUGGUAAUGUUUCAUACUUUGUUUUAUAUAUGAAAAGAAAAUGGAGCAUUAUGUUUUUCUUACUAAAGAUGUAAAGAGUUAUGAUAUGACUGUUUAAUGUAAAGAGCUGUGAUGUAAAAGCUACUAUAUGACUGUUUGAUGUAAAAUUUUCAAACUUUGUGUUUAAAACUUAUAAAAAAAAUAGUGGCAGUUUACUCAAACUUUUAUUGAAAAAAUAAUUUUAUAAUGUAGAGUUUUUAUAGUUGAUGAUGACAUUUUUAUUGUGUGAUCAUCUGAUGUUUAAUUUUAAAAUUAUCAUGAGGCCAAUUUCAAUUAUUUUAUGAUGAAAAAUGUUUAAUAAACAGGUCAUAUGAUUUUAAAUAUUUGUAUAUCUACAUAUCAAAACAUUUAUCUACUUAACUUUUUCUACUUAAUAAAUAGCUCAAGUUAAACAGAUAAUUCAAUGAUAAUUGACUGGAAGGUUAUGAUUAUUCUCUUAAUUGCUCAAAAUCCUUUGCCAAUUAUAGGUGCUUUCUUUGUUGUUUUACUGGAAUAUUUUUAAAGGAUAUUAUAUAAUGUUUUUUAUUUGUUUAUCAAGUUGUAGUUUUAUAUAUUUAAAUUGUUGUAAUAUGCAAUUUAUUUUUUUCAAUGUCUGUAAUUUAAUAGCAAUUCACAUCAAUGUAAAAUCACAAAUUUUUACAAAACAUUCCAUGCUAUUUAUUCCCUCAGAUUUUGUUUGUUACCUUGAUUUGUAUCUUGUUAAUCGAUAUAUACAAGAUUUGAACAAUGUCAUCAGGAAACGACUGUAAAUAUACAUGUAUAUAUAUUUGUAUUCAAACCUUGAUAUGUGUUAGAUAUAUCUCCAUGUAAGCAGUUUAUAAUCUUUUUACAUAACUUUUAUCAAUUUAUUAUAUGUUAAUAAUUGUCUCAUCUUUUAUGGAUGUUCCUGGCAUUCAUUGUGUAAUGACCUCAGGUAUGUGAGCGAAAAUUGUUGAACAAACACAAUUUUCUGCUUGAUUAAUCAUUAAAGAUGUCAAAAAUUAAAUGCAUUAAAAAACAUGCCAUUCUGACUAUUAUGCAAAUAUAUGAAUGGACAUGAUAUCUUAAAAUUAAGGAAACUAUUUUUUUUCCAAUUUUUUGGGUAAAGAUUGCAUGAAAUGCAAUCAAAACCCUAUGGUACUGACUUGAUAUCUAAAUCUUCCAAGGUUUAUCACUUACCUUUGAGAUACACAAAAUAUAGUGCAUUGAUCAUAACAUUCUGUAGUAGAGAAUUGAUAAGAAGUAGUGGAUUCGUAAACGAUAAUCAACGAGCGACUAACCCAUUUCUAGUAAACGACUGUCUGUUUUACGUUUUGACAAUGAAUCAACGAUAUUUCAUAAAAAUAGUUUCGUAUUUUGUCUUUUUUAUUCUAUAAUAGCUGGAAAUGAUUAUAUCCACACGGUUCGCAUCUAUAUUUAGACAUUUGACAAGUUAACAUAAGUUUAAGAUAACUCAAAUGGGGUGUUAGCUCCCCUUUUUAUACGACCGCAAAAAUUAAAAUUUUUUUGGUCGUAUAUUGGUAUGACGUUGGCGUCGUCGUUGUUGACGUCGCUGCAUCGUCCGAAGACACAUUGGUUUUCACACUCUAACUUUAGUUUAAGUGAAUGGAUCUCCAUGAAAUUUUACCACAAGGUUCAAUACCACAAAAGGAAGGUUGGGAUUGAUUUUGGGGGUUAUGGUACCAACAGUUAAGGAAUUAGGGGCCAAAAAGGGGCCAAAAUAAGCAUUUUUGUAACUUCCAGACAAUAACUUGUGUGUAAGUGUAUGGAUCUCUCUGACAUUGUAUCACAAGGUUCCAUAUCACAAAGGGAAGGCUGUAAUUGAUUUUGGGGGUAAUUGCCUCAAAAUUUUAGGAAUUAGGGGCCAAAAAAGGGGCAAAAAACAAGCAUUUUUCUAGUUUCAUGACAAUAACUUGUGUGUAAGUGUUUGGAUAUUUCUGAAAUUGUACUACAAGGUUCCAUAUCACAAAGGGAAAGCUGGAAUUGAGUUUGGGGGUAUUUGCCCGAAACGUUUAGGAAUUGGGGGCCAAAAAUAAGCAUUUUUCUAGUUUCCAGACAAUAACUUGUGUUCAAGUGUAUGAAUCUCUCUGAAAUUGUACUGCAAGAUACCAUACCACAAAGGGAAGGCUUGGAUUGAGUUUGGGGGUGAUGAAUCAUAAGGGGGUUCUAAAAAUUUGGGGGGGGGGGGUU